UCUAGCUAAUUAAUUCCCACUACUGAGUGCUAAUAACUCCCGCUAAAGCUAAGCUAAGCUAAGCUAGCUGCAUCUUUGUGCAUAUACUGUCUGCGUCUCCUAUUGUUGGCAACGUCGUAAUUAACUUUAGCAUCUUAUGAUGGUGCCUGUCUGCCUGCUCGAAAUCGAAACGGAUGGAUGGCAAAUUGGCAAUAUGGCAUGGCUAAGCAAGCUAGCUUGAUGCAGCAGCAAGAAAGCAAUAAUUACUUAUUUAAGGUGGUUGGAUAUCCUCCUAUAUUCUUAUCGUGCUUGGAUCUGCUCUCAGAAUAUCCAACCUAGCUAGCCUGCAAGCAAGAGAGUGUAGCUACUCGAUCCGAUCCAAUGUCUCUCAUCACGGAUGAGUCUCCUAGGGAUUGCUCCUCCUACAAGCAUCAGCAUCAUCAUCGCGCCAUCCAUGGUCGCCGAAUUAGCCGCCGCACUCUGGUGGUGGCGUCCUCAGCGGUGGUGUCUCUGGCAUCGCUGUCGCUCAUCCUGUGGCUCGUCCUCCGCCCAUCCCCCCCGCGCUUCUCGCUGCUCGCCGCCACCACCACCGCCAACGACUCUGCCUCUGUCGUCGCCAUCAACGCCGCCUUCGCCGCCCGCAACCCCAACUCCCACACCGCCGUUCUCUACGACCGCCUCCAGGCUAGCGCCUCCUACGCCGGGCUCCCUCUCACCGCCCCCUCGCCGCUGAUCCCGCCCUUCUUGCCGCAGCAGGGCCAGGGCGACGCCAUGCUCUCCGCGUCGCUCACGUCGCCACCGGCAGCGGCUGCUGUGGCGGGAGGGCGGGCGCUGCUGAGGCUGCGCGUGGAGGGGCAGCUCCGCUGGAAGGUGGCGGCGUGGGUCACCGGACGCCACGCGCUCACCGUCGACUGCAUCGCCGUUGUGGAGCUGCAGCCGACGCCGACGCCGUCGCCGAGCGCGAUCGUCGGCGUCCUCCAGCCCCAAGAUCAGGCCGGCUCCCGCUGCUCCACCACCGUCGCCUAAUAAUAUAAUAUCCAUCAAAACCAACACCACAAACCAUGCAAACUGAUCGAUGGAUGCAUGGAGGAACAGUCCUAGUUCUUGUACAUGUACAUGUAUUCUCUCUCGCGUUAUGUAUGUAUAUUGUCCUGUACCGCGCGCGGUAAACAAGUAAUAAAUCAAAGCAAUCUGAAUCGUACAACGUAUUUCAUGUGUUGCUUUGAUUUUUUUGGCUUUCA